UAUACCCGCUGUGUUCAAAAGUUUGCAGCGGGCACAAGAAUCACGUCUAGGCAGAGAUCCGGGCUAAGCGAAAUCCACGGCGAGCUGGAGAAUCACCGCAAAAAAACGGCUCCGCGUAAGCAGCUCGCCACCAAGGCCGCUCGCAAGAGCGCCCCGGCUACCGGAGGUGUCAAGAAACCCCAUCGCUACAGACCAGGAACCGUGGCUCUUCGUGAAAUUCGUCGCUACCAGAAGAGCACGGAGCUUCUGAUUCGCAAGCUGCCUUUCCAGCGUCUUGUGCGUGAGAUCGCUCAGGACUUCAAGACCGACCUGCGCUUCCAGAGCUCAGCUGUCAUGGCUCUGCAGGAGGCUAGCGAGGCAUACCUCGUUGGUCUUUUCGAGGACACCAACCUCUGCGCCAUUCACGCUAAGCGAGUUACCAUCAUGCCUAAGGACAUCCAAUUGGCAAGACGCAUUCGUGGAGAGCGUGCCUAAUUUUUUUUCUUGACUUCCUUUUUUAUACAAUCGGCCCUUUUCAGGGCCAACAAAUAUAUUUUAA